CUUGCUGUGUGCGUCAUUUCCGGGCGUCACCGAACGGAGUGGCCAACGGCCUAGAGAGAACAUGCCCAAGUUUUAUUGUGACUACUGCGAUACCUACCUCACCCAUGACUCUCCAUCUGUGAGAAAGACACACUGCAGUGGUAGGAAACACAAAGAAAAUGUGAAAGACUACUAUCAGAAAUGGAUGGAAGAACAGGCCCAGAGCCUGAUAGACAAAACAACGGCUGCAUUUCAACAAGGAAAGAUACCUCCUACUCCGUUCUCUGCCCCUCCUCCUGCAGGGGCGAUGAUUCCACCUCCCCCCAGUCUUCCGGGUCCUCCUCGCCCUGGUAUGAUGCCAGCACCCCAUAUGGGGGGCCCUCCCAUGAUGCCUAUGAUGGGCCCUCCUCCUCCAGGGAUGAUGCCAGUGGGACCUGCUCCUGGAAUGAGGCCACCCAUGGGAGGCCACAUGCCAAUGAUGCCUGGGCCCCCAAUGAUGAGACCUCCCGCCCGUCCCAUGAUGGUGCCCACUCGGCCUGGAAUGACUCGACCAGACAGAUAAGGAUAGAGGGGAGGUCUCUUUAUGUCAGUUUUAUAUUACCUGUUCUGCUUCACCGGGAGAUCAUGGUGCUGUGACUCUGGGUGUUUUCUUAACAGCAUGAUAAGGAAGACUUGCUCCCCCUUCCUAUCAAAGAGAGAAUAGUUUUGAGAGGAAGAAGUGGAACCCAAAAAAAGGGCAGUUUGCAUUUGUAUUGCGAAGUGUGAAAAUAAAAUUGUCAACUCUUUUAGUUAAAA